CCCAACUCAACCAACAUUUUCAUGAACCAACCUCCACUUCCUCGUCUCCUUCUCAAAUUGUGCGCAGCAGCAGAUCGCCUCGUCUCGCUCUCAGCUGGCGCCGGCAGGAACAUUAGAUUGUUGCUGCUGGCGUGCUUCUUUCGAUAAGUAACUUCAAGUUCUUGGUUGAAAUUUAUCCAUUGUGGAAUAUCAGCAAAUAGCUUAUGAGUCCCGCAUGUUCAUUGAGCCCUUGUAAAGCCCUAGAAGGGGUCCAUGGGGUACAUCUGUUGCCGCAUUCUCCAUUUGUAGUGGAAGAGAUCCCUCAAUAUGGGGACUUGCAUCACUCAACCUCUGAAGAAGGUCCAGCUUUCGGUGCUAAUCAGAAGCUAUUAAUGCAGCGACUUUGGCAGCAGAGACCACCAUGCUUAAAACCCAUCUGUUGUAACCUCCAAGGUGAUCAGAAUGUCAUAGAGACAAUAGCUAAUGUGCUUACAUCACUUCCUUUUAUUGCCCUUGGAAUCCAGGCACCAAGGAAGAAUUUGAAUUGUACACUCUAUGCUAAUUCAUUAGUUGGAGUUGGAGUAGCAUCAAUUUUAUACCACUCCUCGAGGGGAGAACUGAGGAAGUACUUAAGAUGGGCAGACUAUACAAUGAUAGCAGCAGCAACAGUUUGUCUUUCAAGGGCACUCAGGAAUGAGAAUCCAAAAUUGCUUAUGGCAGCUUCUGCUGUUUUUCUUCCAAUCCAGCCUUUAAUGGUUUCAGCUGUACACACUGGUUUGAUGGAGGUAGCAUUUGCAAGAAGAGCACUAAACGACCCUGAUCUGAGGAUGGCCCACAAUGUGCAUAAGAUGUCAUCUCUUUUGGGAGGUGCUCUUUUUAUUGCUGAUGAUAUAUUCCCCAGAACUCCAUAUCUUCAUGCUGCAUGGCAUCUUGCUGCAGCUGUUGGUGUCGGGACAUGCAACAAGCUUCUUAAUUGAUCUUCAAUCUACCCUGCAUAAAUGAAUUAUUCUCUAUAGUUGUAGAAGCCAUCAUUAUAGUAUCUUAUUUUCUACUUUUAAUUAGGAACACAUCUUAAACAAAAUCAAGAUUCAUGCCCCUCGGUGUCUCAUCACCCAAAAAAAUUCAUGUAGUUGUUAGGAUAGGGAUAGGUGAAAGUAAGAUAUCUCUUUUUGGACUUUAUAAAAUUCAUGUAACUGAGAGAGGAGGGGACUGCCAUCUUUUUUAUCAGGAGCAUGGAAUCAACAUGUUGUUCCCACCUAUCUCAUUUUCAAUGAAUUAGGCUUUGAAAAAUCUCAAUCUGCUUAAAGCAAUUCUGUUGUUGUUAUCA